UGCAGAUUUAUAAAAUAUAUCUAACCUAAGAAAUGGCACCAACAAAGUCAAAUUCAAAGAAAUCUCCCGUUGGGGAAACCACACUUCUCUUGGACAAGAGCGAAAUUAAAGCUGACACAACAAAACGUGGAGCAGUUGCAGCUCCAGCCAAGGUUUCUCCAUCCACAACUUCGCCAUUGAAGUAUACGGAAAUAAAGGACAUUGGUCCUGCAGUAGAGAAACUUAGGGAUUCAUUCCAUCAAACACAGAAGACUCACUCAAUUCAAUACAGAUUGAACCAAUUACGUAAUGUUUAUUUUGCAUUGAAAGAUCAUACCGAUGAAAUUUGCGAUGCCUUGUAUAAAGAUUUCCGUAGGGUUCCUGAGGAAACUAAAGGUUUAGAAAUUGCUGGUGGACUCAAUGAACUCUUACAUACCAUUGCAUCUUUAUACAAAUGGAGUAAGCCUGACCCAAUCAAGGACCUCCCAGUUUCCAUGACUGGUACCCCAGCUUACAUUGAAAAGAUCCCAUUAGGAGUUGUAUUGAUUAUUUCUCCAUUCAAUUAUCCAUUUUUGUUAUCCUUAUCAGCAGUAGUUGGUGCACUUGCCGCAGGAAAUGCUGUCGUGCUCAAGCAAAGUGAAAUGACUCCACAUUUUUCUCAAUUGUUUACUGAUCUCUUGACAAAGGCUUUGGAUGAUGAUAUUUUCUUUGCUGUGAAUGGUGGUAUUGCCGAAACUACAGAAACAUUGAACCAAAAGUUUGAUAAGAUCAUGUACACAGGUAAUAACAUGGUUGGAACCAUUGUGGCCAAGAAGGCUGCAGAAACUUUAACACCUGUUAUUUUGGAAUUGGGUGGAAAAUCACCUGCAUUUGUCUUGGAGGAUGUCAAGGAAAAUGAUUUACAUACCAUCGCCAGUAGAAUCGCUUGGGGUAGAUUUACGAAUUGUGGACAAACAUGUGUUGCAGUUGAUUAUGUUUUAGUUCAUGAAUCUAAACACAAAUCUCUUCUUCGUGAGCUUAAGAAGGUGGUCGAAACGGAAUUUUACCCUGGUAUUAACAAAGAUGACCCUAAUUAUACACACCUUAUUCAUGACAGAGCUUACCAGAAUUUGGUCAAAAGAUUGGACGCAUCCAAGGGUGAAGUUGUUAUUGGAGGUGAGAGAGAUGCCCUGACCAGAUACAUCGCCCCUACUGUUAUUGAUAACGUUUCUUGGGAUGAUCUGACUAUGGAGGUUGAACUUUUCGGUCCUCUCUUACCAAUCAUUCCAUACACAGACUUGAAGGAAGCGGUGACAAGUCUUGUAAAGCGUCACGAUACCCCAUUGGCACAAUAUGUAUUUACCAGUAACGCUUCUCGUGCGAAUAAUCCCCAGAUUGAUUAUAUCUUGAAAGCUGUGAGAUCUGGUGGGCUCAUUAUUAAUGAUGUCUUGUUACACGUUGGACUUGCAAACGCUCCAUUUGGAGGUAUUGGGCAAUCUGGUCAUGGUGCAUACCAUGGAGAAUAUUCUUUCCGUAAUUUUUCACAUGAAAGAACAACUUUAGAAAUUGCCUUAUGGAAGGAAAGUACUUUAACUGCUAGAUAUCCUCCAUUUAACGAGAAUAAGGCAAAUUUGGUAGGGACAUCGCUUACUUUUUACGGUGGGAAGACCUGGUUUGGUCGUACAGGAGAUGUCAGACUUACUGGUCCCAACCCAGUAUGGUCUCUCUACAGUGGUAUUGUUGGAGUAUUUGCUCUUGGUUAUUACUUAUAUGCUGCCCUGUAGAUCUUUUAUUCAAUGUAUGCAAUA